ACACACGGACUCGGCGCGACUUGGAUUAAUUGCGGCUUGGUCAGUGAGGAGACGCUGCGCGUCAUCGAGUCGGGAAUAAGGGGGCUCGGAUGUGGGCAUCUGGACUGACGCUCGUGAUGGAGGGAUGGAUGGUCGGGGAUGGAGAGGUGGAGACGGCCGGCGCACCGGGGCUUUGACCCUUCUGUCAUUGCUGCGCCUGAAAACUCUACAAACGCAAAAAGGUCACUUCCAGCAGAUGGAUGGAUUGUCCAGUGAGACACUCACGCACGCAGUUUGCCGGCACUUCAAUCAAUGCCCAAACCUUCCGAUAUCAUUUUAUUUCCAAGGAUUUAUAAUCAAUUAUAUGAAUAAAAAACAGAGUUUGGCUUCUGUUUGGAGCCUUUACGCAUCCAAACUGGACGCAGCGUUUCCUUUUUACUUUGCUGCGGAUGUUUUUGUGCAGGAAAUCUGUUGAUGUUCGUUUUCUCCACAUGCGUGCUCGGGCUGUAGUGCGUUUGUGUGCGUGAGCGCGUCUGCUGCCUGUUUUUAUGGUGACCGAAAGAUUACCGAUCAGUUUUUUUUCUCUUUCUGAUCUAUUUAUAUCCCGAUACGUUGAAUAUCGGGGCGUAUGGCGGCACGUUCAUCCCUCUGCUGCCACCGAAGAAUCAUCCCCGACGGGGUGACUUACCUCGAGCACGCUCAGACAGCUGGAACAGGCGUCUUUUUCCUGGAGUGUGUGUGUGAUUUUACCUAUGAAUCCACUCAUUUAUGGAACUUUUACUGCCUUGGGUAGAGACGAGCCCAGGGCCUGAUCGUUAGCUAAUAUUUUUGAUAAUCAACAGAAUGAAUAAAGGGCCCUGGACCCUAAAGACCACCAGGGGAGACCUGGAACAGUCUUGCUUCUCUCCCAGAUUUACUGCAGUGCUCCAGAGUGACAUUGUCAAAUUUCCGGGCCUGCACCAUCAGGCCACCGGAUGCUUUUUAACAUUUGAAGUGAAUGCCUGAUUUUUUCUGAGGUCCAUUCGUCUCCUCGCUCCAUCCUCCUGCUGGAUCCUUGGUUUCUGUUUGCUAACAGGCACCCUCUCUAAGUGCGAUACAUAUCUGCCUCCCCCCCUCGGCAGGUUGCCAUGGUCGCCAUACCUACUCUCUCUCUCCUAUUGGUCCUGGCAGAGUGGGCAGGUCUGGUGGACGCGUCCCCCCACCUCCUGCUCCGGCCAAGCCCAAGAGAGCGUGAUGCUGGGACCAUCAUGAACUUCAACAUCGCUGUGAUCCACGCCGGUGCUACGGUGCAGGCGGAGGCUGCGGUGGCGGGGCCUGGGGGAAGGGUGCUCUACCCGGGCUUUGGACGUGUCUACGGCUCCCUGGGGGAGAGCGUGGUCACCCAGUGGGGCUCUGCUAAUGUCAUCUGGCUACAGGUGAAUGACAGCAGCCCUAAGACGGUGCUAUCCCAGCUGUGUGAGCUGUUAGCGGCGCGGCCCCUACAGGGGCUGGUUUACGAAGAGGAGCGGCCCCCUCGCACAGCCUGGGGUCCUAUGGCCCCCAUGCUGGAGUUUGUGUCUGCACAAACAGGACUGCCCAUAGUGGCUGUAGGAGGGGGAGCGGGGCUAGGGAGGAUGCCACAGGAAUCAGGUUCCAUCUUUCUCCAGUUCAGCUCCUCUACGGCGCUACAGCUGGAGGUGAUCUUUGAGGUGCUCGAGGAGUACGACUGGACUGCUUUUUCCGUGGUGUCCACACGUCACCACGGCUACCAGGACUUCCUGUCAGUGGUGGAGGGCCUGACGGAUGGCUCGUUCAUCGGCUGGGAGAAGAAGAGUGUGGUGAUCCUGAAUGUGACCGACGACCCAGGGGGGGCACGCACGCGCAGACUGCUGAAGGAGAACGAGGCGCAGGUGCGUCUGCUGUACUGCUCUCAGGAGGAGGCCGAGCUGGUUUUCCGUGCCGCCUGGGCCGCCGGUCAAGCCGGGGCCUCACACAUGUGGUUCGCAGUGGGCCCGGCCCUCUCGGGUCUGGGCAUGGACAGCCUGCCUCGGGCUUUGUUCGCCGUACGGCCUCAGGGCUGGAGGGACGAGCCGCGCCGAAGGAUUGCCCGGGGAGUGUCUGUGCUGACUCACGGGGCAGUGGCAAUGCGCAAGGAAUACGGAGCCACGGGCGGGCCGAACUUUGUCACCACCUGCAUGACGGACGCCAAUCAGACGCAGAGACUGCGAAGCAGGAUGAGGUACUUCAGCAACAUCACGCUCGGUGGCCGAGACUACUCAUUUAACAUCGACGGCUACCUGGCCAAUCCCUUCCUGGAUGUCAUCUCCUGGACUCCUGGACGUGGGUGGGAAGAUGUAGGCUGGUGGGAAAACGGUGUGCUGCGGCUUCGUUACCCAGCCUGGUCUCGAUACGGGCCGUUCCUUAAACCGCCCGACGAUGCCCAGCACCUGCGUGUGGUCACGCUGGAGGAGAGGCCAUUCGUCAUCGUGGAGCUGGCGGACCCUGCUUCUGGGACUUGCAUCCGUGAUUCAGUUCCCUGCAGACGACCCCUUAAUGCCAGUGCUAUUCAUGAAGGCAUGGCACCUCUGAAGCAGUGCUGCAAAGGCUUCUGCAUCGACAUCCUCAAGCGACUUGCCAAGAUCGUGGGCUUCACCUACGACCUGUACUUGGUGACCAAUGGGAAGCAUGGGAAGAAAAUCGAUGGGGUUUGGAAUGGCAUGAUUGGAGAGGUGGUGUAUAAGCGGGCAGACAUGGCUAUUGGCUCACUGACCAUCAACGAGGAGCGGUCAGAGGUCGUGGAUUUCUCCGUCCCCUUCGUGGAGACGGGGAUCAGUGUCAUGGUCUCCCGUAGCAACGGAACCGUCUCACCAUCAGCUUUCUUAGAGCCCUACAGUCCAGCCGUGUGGGUGAUGAUGUUCGUCAUGUGCCUGACUGUUGUGGCUGUGACUGUCUUCAUUUUUGAGUUUUUCAGCCCCGUGGGCUACAACCGCAGCCUGCAGACUGGCAAGAAAGCUGGGGGGUCUACGUUCACCAUAGGGAAGUCUGUCUGGUUGCUGUGGGCCAUCGUCUUCAACAACUCUGUGCCGGUGGAGAACCCGAGAGGAACUACGAGCAAAAUCAUGGUGCUGAUCUGGGCCUUCUUCGCUGUCAUCUUCCUGGCCUCGUACACCGCCAACCUGGCUGCCUUCAUGAUCCAGGAGGAGUACAUCGACACCGUUUCAGGCCUCUCGGACAAGAAGUUUCAACACCCAGAGGAGCAGUACCCGCCUCUGAAGUUUGGCACCGUGCCAAACGGGAGCACAGAAAAAAAUAUCCGCUCCAACUAUCCGGACAUGCACCAGUACAUGGGCAAAUACAACCAGAGAGGAGUGGAAGAUGCAAUCCUGAACCUCAAGACUGGGAAGCUGGAUGCUUUUAUUUAUGACGCUGCAGUGUUGAACUACAUGGCCAGGAAGGACGAAGGCUGUAAGGUGAUGACCAUAGGCUCGGGGAAGGUUUUUGCCACCACAGGCUACGGUAUCGCCUUGCACAAAAACUCACGCUGGAAACGUCCUCUUGACCUGGCCCUGCUGCAGCUGGUGGGAGAUGAUGAGAUUGAGAUGCUGGAGCGCCUCUGGCUGUCAGGGAUCUGCCAUAAUGACAAAAUUGAGGUGAUGAGCAGUAAACUGGACAUUGACAACAUGGCUGGGGUCUUCUACAUGCUGCUGGUGGCUAUGGGCCUCAGUUUGCUGGUGUUUGCCUGGGAACAUUUAGUCUAUUGGAAACUGCGACAUUGCAUGGCUACAAGUUCAGGCAAACUGGACUUCCUCUUAGCAAUCAGCAGGGGCAUGUACAGCUGCUGCAACUUUGAGGAUGAAACUGCACCAGGUGGCCCUAAGUCUUUAACUUCACACCACCACACAGCGAUGGUUACUGUCUCGUCGCAGCCACACGUGGUCUCGGCGACCGUGACCAACCCAGCCAUAGCCCUGGCGCAACAGCCGCAACAGCAGCAGUCGCAGCCUGUUUACAAAACUCCUCUACCAGGCUCGCCUCCCACUGUGGUGCAUUCUGGGACAGGACUGGGCUCUUCCAAUACUCCCAUGGCUGGUGCGCCCCUCCCUUGCUCCACCUUUCUGCCCCGGCCUGACCGCAGAUUGGCUGUUGUGGAUCGGUGGAGGCUGCCUAAGUCUGCUACAGCCACUAACCCCAUGGCUGUAAGAGGGGCCGUCACUGACAUGGGACCAUUUGCUCAGAAAGUUCCAUCAAACUGGCCUUCAACUGCUGGAGGGGGUGGAGGACUCGAUGGUUAUAAGAGAUAUUAUGGUCCCAUUGACCCUGAGGGACUGGGGUCCUGCAUGGAGCAGCAAGCAGGGUCCCAGACCCCCAAGACUAUACCCAGGGGCCACCCUCAACCCCCUCCAGCCAGUGUGGCCUUCUACUCAGAAAAGGGCAUGGACCACGGGGUGGGGAAGAAGGUGGGGGGAGGUGGCAGUGGAGGUCAGGGGAAAGGGCCUGUAAAAGCUCUGGGCACUCCCAGACUGCCUCCUAAGAGUCAGGCCCCUCUGCCUCCUACACCUCCACUGCCACACCCCUCUCCCCCUCUCCCUUCAUCCUUCUGGAGGAAGCGCAGGCCCAAGAAACCCAAAGAGCCCGGAGGGCCACUGUACGAGAACAUUCUACCACUGGGGCGGAGGGGCGGAGCAAGAGAUGGUGUGAGGGAAGGAGGAGGAAGGAGGGCACGACCCCUUUCUCCUCCACUCUCACUUCCUAUACCAGUCCCUCUCAGUCCCUCCUAUACCCCUCCUUCUCCUUCUGCAUCAUUGCACUACACAUCGUCGUCCUCUACAUCAACAACAACAUCAACAUCCACGUCUUCAUCCGCCACAUCUUCUCGCUCCACCUCCCCCACCUACUCCUACAGCUCCUCCAGGAGCACACGAGACAAGGCUGGAGGACUGGACGAGGAAGACGACGAGGACGAUGAAGACGAAGAGCUGACAGAAGAGUCGAGCCUACUCCUCGGGAGAGGGCGAGAGAGGGAACGUUCAAUCAUCCGGCCUCGCUCACUCAGCCACGGCCGCUUGCCGCCACCAAUACCCCCCAGGAAACCACGGACAUCUUGGGGUGACAGAGAAAGAGAACGAGGGAGGGAAAGAGGGGGGAGUCAGCUGUCUCAGCUUCAAGAGUGGUGGGCAAGCUGGAGUGAAAGAGAGAGGAGUAGGACAGGUGGAGAUGCUGAGAGACAAAAAAGGGAAAAGAAGAGGAGGAAAGAAAAGGAGAAAGAGAAGAAGAAAAAGAAAAAGAGCAAAAAGAGGAAAAAGCGAGAGGAGAGAGAAAGAGAGCGCGAGAGAGAGAGAAAGCGCAGGAAGGUGAAAAAAAAGAAGAAGAAGGCACUGAAAACGAAGAAAAGGAAGAAAUCCACCGGGGGGAAACGGUCGGAGCCAGAAGAGGGUGAUGUAGAAGCUGAAAGAGAAGCGGAUGCAGAGGGCGAGAGGGAUGGAGGAAUACAAGACUACUCUUCAUUUUCUGCCCAGUAUGGUAGCACAUUUGGUGAAAAAGGUCGGGAUUCAUGGGAGGGAGAAAGGGAAAGAGGCAGGAGAGAAGGGGGGGAGGACGACAAUGACAGGGAUGAUGAAGACAGUGGCAGAAGCAGGGAGAGGCGUCCCAAAUCCUCGCACUCUCGUUCCAGACAUCGUACCCCCAGUAAACGCUACCCCAACCCCAAUAAGUUCCCUGCAUCGGUUAAAUUUUGGAUGAACGGGAGAGGAGAUGACUCAAAUACUCCACCAAUCUCUCUACACCCGCUCCUCCCUUCCUGCAAGAGGCGAAAAAGUGGAGGGAUGGAUCGAGAUGACGGUAAUAGAGUUGGAGAGCGCCGUCCUUUGUUAAUGCAUUAUGAAAAAGAGAAAGCACAGACAAGAGAAGGGCUGUCCUUCCAUGAGUGGGACUCAGACGAAGAUGAUGAUGACGAUGAUGAGGAUGAGGAAGAGAGGGAUAGAGUAAGGGAACGGGUGGAGGAAAGGGGAAGGAGAAUAGGUAGGGGGGCUGUGUCUGAGUCAGAGCGGGACAGGGCCAGGGUAGACGACAGCUACUCAGACGAGGGCUCUUCAGGAGAGUUUGGCCGUUUUGAAAGAUACUGGGAGCAGGGGGCAGGGGACAACGGUACUGGGAUAGGGGGCAUAGGUGGCGGGGGGUGGUUCUUUGGUACCUACCCUUCAAGAGAGAAAGGAGGCAGCAUCAACAGCCGGGAGGAUUCUUUACUUGGAACCCGUGCGGAGGGCUGGAUCGGUGCUGAUUUCUGGGGAGGACAUGGUGUUGGGUGGGCGUCUGGGGGGGGAAGCGGCGGACUGGGUACACAGUGGCCACCACCUCCGACAGUGUUCCCUCCACCGAGGCGAUACUGGUCUAUGGACAAAAUUCCUGUGAAAGGGGAGAAAAAGUGGAAGGGUGGUGGAAGGAAGAGGAAAGGACGUAGUAGGGAAAGAUCGGACGAAGCAGGACGAUCAACUGUGUGUUCCUGUAGCCUUUAUCCUCAACCACACCCUUAUCCACACCCCCAAAUCCGCUCACACACCUCCCACUCCAAGAGAGGAACCUCAGCUCUUUCCCGUAGCCAAGAAGAGCUUCUACCCCACUGCCACAGCUUCAGCGGGGGCCCACGUCCAAAACCUCUGCCUCCCAAACCCGAUUCCAAUCAAGCCAAAUCAGGCAGCCAGUCUAACCUCAGCCUCAACACGCAGCCUACAGAACAUCAACCACAGCCUUCGCCAUCGCCACCACAGCAGCCGUCCUUGUCUCCCACGUCUCUACCGAUGACCAUCCCCCCUCCACCCUCUUCAGCCUCAGUCUCACCCCCGGCAGGGGUAGGGAUGGCAGGCCAGGCUCAGGCUUCAGCCAGUGCCAAACUCCAGUAUCAGAGACUGCGCUCUGUGCCGCAGCCACGGAGGUUCUACUCUCCCCACCUGCCCCUCAAAGCCAAAAGUCUGUGUUCGCGUCGAGGUUCAGCCCACUUCUCCAGUCUGGAGAGUGAGGUAUGACAGGGGGAGAGGAGAGAGGGAGACGUGGGAGCGAGCACCCGUGCUGUUGAAAACCAUGAUUCCACGGCAGCUGGAACCAGGGAUGACACCAGAGAAAUGGCUGCCCUGGUAACCACGAGCAAUCAGUUAGCAACCAUCACUACAGGAACUCAUCUGGACAGCAGUUCCAUUGCUGACUCUACCCUCGGUGAGAGCAACACUACUACCACCAGCUCAAUUGUACGCGUUCUCAUGAGGGCGACAGUGAGAUGCCAAACCAGGGUGAGCUACGUCCGUCUGGAUGGUUCCCAUGACGACGAGAGUGAAGGUGAGGCUGCAUCACCAGGGACAGCAGCCCCAGAACUUCUCCUGCGCUCAGAAAUGAGCUUCGUGAUGUCAUCUUCGGUUCUCCUCCCCUACGCGAGUCACAACUGUGGAUAACAGUAGUCGCCAACCUGUGAGUAAUGAUGUCAUGUUUGCACAUGCACACACGCACACUUACACACACGCACACACACAAAAUGCUCCAAACGUCUCCCUCCCUCUGGCUUUGAACACACACCUCGGUGGGAUGAGGACAGACCCACCUUUGGUCAGUAGAGUCUGGCUCCCUGUCCUGGUUUCUGUUGGCCGUUGAUCCGGACCGGUGGACUGCUUCUUGGUGUCGGAGAAACCCUCUUCUUCCCUUUUUUAAGAAAAGCAAUGCAGUCACCUCUCUCCCGCGCUGCCUGCCUGACCACCUUUCCACGGACAGUGAGCACAGUGCUAUGUAUUUGCCCUUUGGCCUCACGGCACCAUCAGACCCAUCUAGCUCUACCCCAGGACCAUCUCGAUGAUGUCACGUUUUAAUAGAAACACUUUUAACCAGUCAGAUGAACACAGGAACCUUUUUUUUUCCCUCGGCCCUGUUUGAAAAUGGAAAAUCGUACCGACUGUCAAAGAGUCCGAACGGAAAACGAUAAACGAGGAAAAACAAUAAGAACAGCGUCAACAAAGACAUGUAGCAGAAUUUCUUUUGAUGUCUGUCUUUUCUUUUGUUUCGUCUUCAGACUUCUCUCCUCAUCCGUUUCUUUAUUCAGUCGAAAUGUUUCUGACCGUGUUCGUCUUUUAAUAGGAGGCUGGAUGUGGCUAGUGUUGGACGUGGGAAUGAUCUAAAAGCAGCCCCAGAUUUCCACUCGAGAGCUUUUUACGUUCAAAUUUUGUGAUAAAAGUCUCAGAUUUUCUCGCCACGUGUGAACAACCCAUAACCCGCCCUCAUGUGAGUGGAUCCAGGGGGGUGAUUAGUGCAAUAUCUGUAAUUGGCACUAGAUGGCUGCAUAAUAUUUAAAGACGUUUUUGAGACUGUCAUGCAGGAAGCUCGUGGUCAGUUUAAAUCUUUUUCCACACGAUAGAAAGUGGUGUGCAGCUGUGAACGUAUUUAUUUUUAUGGAAGUGUUCAGUCAGGAUUUUAAAGCCCUCUUAGGAGGCGAUACGCCGUUGCCACUCUUGUUGUGGAUGAUGGAUUAAGUGAAGCACAAUUCCUCCUUGUCUUUUCCAGUCGUGUGUGCCACAGUUGCAAAUGCACAAUCCAGGUAACUGAUAUAGCUUUUCCCGUGGUGUUGCAAACCAUAAAUUUGACUGUAGCCGAGGUUUUAAUGGUAAAACACCAAGACACGCGUCUCCUCCCCUUAACGAGACAGGGUGACAUACUGUGAAUGUUUCCAGGUGCAUAAGCAGCAGCUGAAACAGUCGGUGACGAGUCACAUGAUCAGGAUUAUCAGACGACUGUUUGACUUUGAGCAAUACUCCCACCUUCAAUGUGACAGGGAUGCAGGGGCGCAUCGCUACUGCUGCUUUUGUUGUGGAUUUAACAUCAGAUUUGCUGUUUGAAUCAGUUAACGAAGACUUUUACGAGCUCGUUUGGCCAGACGUGGGUGUUAAUAGGUGGAUUUAGGUGGUAAAUAAAAACAAAUAUGCUACAUGUGGGGAUACGUAGCCUUGUACCUUCUUGCACCAAAAGCCAUCUUCUGUUUCUCCGUGCCGACAUCCAUGACUUCAUGUCUCACACUAAGACCAGCCACAGCCCAGCCGUUCGUCCGUUGUAGUUGAAUGUAGCGUUGAAGCGAUGUAGCAGAAGAACACCUACUUACGUUGUAGCUUUGUUUAUUUCCAUUCUUGUUCUGAAUGCUGUUGUGACGUCCGACGGAGAAGGGGAGGGGCUUGACCUGCUGUGUGAGGGGCUGUGCUUUGUGUUUGUGCAUGUCGUCACAGAUCGGAGGGUUAGUCGACCUUUUCGCUCCGCCGUUUUUCACUCCUCCGCCCCUCUCUGAGGCCAGACUGUACCUUUUAUCUGCACACGGAUGGCUUUCUUUCUAAGUCUCAGUUGGGUGAUUUUUAAAAACGUGUUUUUAGAGAAAUGCUUUUGCUCUUUUCCCCGUCCUCUUUGGAAAAAGCCCCAGACUCGUUGCAUGUUUAGUGGAAUGAAUUGCCCAGAUUUGCAGUGGGAGGGUCGCGUAGGUCAGCCGUAGCAUUAGGAACCAGGGCCUAUUGGGUCAGAUAGUUAGCUUGCUCUGCUCUGCACCCCAGCAGUGGAAACCAUGGCAACAGUUCCACUGUUUCCUGUGUAACGGGACACAGUUAUUUUCAACCGAUCUACAGGGCUUAAACCUGGUGUCAUUAAGCGUUACUGGUUUGUUUUGAGGCACUAAUGCUGAAGUCUGUGACUGCAUGAACAGAACUCUUAAAAACCCUCCAGCCUAUUUUGUUCGGAUUCGUUUGAUUUUACGCUGAGAAAAAAAAAGAAUCUAUUGAAAUAUACGAUGUUUUUGAGAAUGUACCAUGUUAUACUGUGAUUUAACUGAGAUAUUUUAUUGUACUCAAUCAUCAUUUGAAUUCUAUCAUUUAUCUAUGAAGAAAUAUAUAUGUACAAAUAAAUAUAUACAUAUAUAUACGUACAGGUAUAUAUAUCUAUAUUAGUUAAGUUUGGUAUGUUGGGAGGAAGUGUUAGAUGAAAUAGUUUUAAAUGUUUUAGCUUUGUAGCGCUUCUAGACACAGAUCAUUUUUGAAUUUUGAUUCCUCCUAUAUGACUGUGAAGACAUUAGUGCCUGUGACAAAAAAAGACGAGUAAAAGUCAAAACUCUUUAUUCAUCUGUAUCUACUAUGGCUAUCAGUCCAUCACUCUGGUAUUACCUAACAUCACCUGUCCACAUUUUCUGCUGUUACUCGUCCACGUGGUCCUCAUCCCACCUCUCUUCCACCGUCUCCUGCUUUUUCGUUUACCAUCUACAUCUCGUUUCGACUUCGGUCCCAUACGGCCACACCUCUUUGUUAAAGAGCAAGUCGCCCCCUACCAGAGUAUUACUCCACUCCCACUUCCUGUUUGAAAAAUGCAACAAAUGCUGUUGCCUAGCAGACCGAGAGGGCGAAGCCGCUAACAAAUACACACAC